CCCAGACGCACUCAGCUGAUGCUGCCGGAACGAGAGCGCAACCAAAUCGGCAACGUUACUGUGCUGGUUCUCUGAAUAGAUACAAAAAAGAUGUCUUAUAGGUCAGCUCCACAUUCCUCUUAUAAAAAGAUGUUUGGUGGGGAGAGGACCACGGUCAGGACCAGCUCCACCCGCCAAUUCUCCAGCCCGGUGCGGUCCCGGGUAUCUUUCGGUCUCUCCUCCACCCCGACCAUCUACGCAGCGAAGACCCACAGGUUUCGUAGCAGCGUAGCCAUGCCCCGGCUGGCCUCCGACAACUUGGACUUCUCACUGUCCGACGCCAUAAACAGCGAGUUCAUCACGAACCGCACCAACGAGAAAGCGCAGAUGCAGUCGCUCAACGACCGUUUCGCCAACUACAUUGAGAAGGUCCGUUUCUUGGAGCAGCAGAACAAGAUCCUGCUGGCGGAGGUGGAGCAGCUGCGGGGAAAAGGCACAUCUCGGGUUGGAGAUCUGUACGAGGACGAGAUGCGGGACCUGAGGCGCCAGGUGGACCAGCUCACGAACGAGAAGGCCCGGGUGGAAGUUCACCGGGAUAACCUGGCCGACGACAUCGGCAGGCUGAGAGAGAAGCUGCAGGAUGAGAUAUCCCAGCGGGAGGAGGCUGAAGCAAACAUGCAGAGCUUCAGGCAGGACGUGGACAAUGCUGCCCUCGCCAGACUGGACCUUGAGCGAAAGGUAGAGUCACUCCAGGAGGAGAUCAACUUCCUCAAGAAGCUGCAUGAUGAGGAGAUGCUGGAGCUACAAAACCAGGUCCACCAGCAGCAGCAUGUGCAGGUUGACAUGGAGAUAGCUAAACCUGACCUUACAGCAGCUCUGAGGGACGUUCGUCUUCAGUAUGAAAACCUGGCCUCCAAAAACAUCCAGGAGUCGGAGGAAUGGUACAAAUCCAAGUUUGCUGACCUCACUGAAGCUGCGGCCAAGAAUAAUGAUGCUUUGAGACUGGCCAAGCAGGAGGCCAAUGACUAUAGACGCCAAGUUCAAUCACUUACAUGUGAGGUGGAUGCUCUCAAAGGAACUAAUGAGUCCUUGGAGCGCCAGAUGAGAGAGAUGGAGGAGAACUUCUCCCUGGAGACAAGCGGUUACCAGGACACCAUUGGCCGUCUGGAGGAGGACAUUCACAACAUGAAGGACGAGAUGGCCCGUCACCUCCGGGAGUACCAGGACCUCCUAAAUGUCAAGAUGGCCCUGGACAUUGAGAUUGCCACCUAUAGGAAGCUGCUGGAAGGAGAGGAGAGCAGAAUCUCCACCCCACUGCCCAACUUCUCCUCUCUAAACCUGAGAGAAACAAUGAUUGAUUCCAAACCUCAUAUUGAAACCACAACAGGCAAAAAGGUUCUCAUCAAGACGAUUGAGACCAGGGACGGUCAGGUGAUCAAUGAAUCAACCCAGAACCACAGUGACAUGGAGCAAUAGUGUCUUUGUCCUUGCCAAACAACCAACACAAGCAAUAUGAACAAACACUUCACUGGGGCAACAAUCAAGCAAAUAAACAAGAACACACAGAAAGCAAACAGCUUUGAAAAGUGCCUUUAUAUGAUCAUUCAGUCAACCUGUUAGUUGAUACAGACUGUAUUUGGCUUCCUUCUCUGUUGAAAGUAUUACUUUGUUACAGUUAAUUUGACUCAAUAAUGAAUCAGCACAACAUAGAGAUCCUACUGAGAGCUACAGGAUCCUCCUUUGUAACCAAGCUAGCAUUUUUAAUCAAUACAGCAUGCACACUCCAGGAAAUAUGUAUGCUAAAGAUGUCACACUUGUCUGUAUGCAGCAAUAAACCCUAAAGACUGAAACUCAGUGCUGUGCGUGAGGUGUAAUACUUU